ACAAAUAUCACCAGCUUCACCACUGUGCCGUCCACAGCUGGAGACGGAGCCAUGAGCAGCUCAAACGGAAGCAGGGAGUACCUCGUCUCCGCUUCAUCUCUCAUCAAAGCUCUCAAGGCUCCUUCAGACCCUCCUCAUCCUGAUUGGCCUUCGAAAAUAGAUAUUGCCCUCCAGGCAUGGGAGGAUCAGGCCCUUCAUCUGCCCCGGAAGGCGGAGGUCUUGAGGGACUGGGUUUUGGACGUGCUACUCAGACCAGCUUCAAAAUCUCAUACCCCUCACGCUUCCUUUCUAGCCAAAUACUACGACCUGCUAUACUUGACAUGCCUUGAUUCGCCAUUGGGAACACCGCUGCCGCUGAGCAUAUUCGCAAAAUUCUUCCAAGCCCUGGUCACUGAGCCGAAGGAUAGUCAUGAACUUCUGUUGUCGGCUGCGAAAACCUUUGAACUUCUCUACAGCGGUCUGCAUCAGGUCAAAAUGGACGCUUGGGUAGAGGUGUGGAAGACCUCUUUGGCAUAUCUUGCAUCUUCAGGAUCUGUAUAUGCGGGAUCAGACGUCGCUCUGAGAGGCUUGUAUGAUCUCGUUGUGAAGCUUUGGAGACCUGAUGAGCUCAUAGGAGAUACGCAGGUCAAGAAGACCACCUUGCAAUUAUACGAGCAUUUCCCUGCUCUCAUCAAGGCUCAGGCUCUACACCCUGACAUUGAUUCGCUCCGUAGGAACCAGAUGUUCCUGCCGGUCCCGAUACUCCGAGACUAUGACCCGCUGCAACCCAUACUUCAUCAGCUUCAAAAUAUCGCUCUAGAUGCGGCUUCCUUCGCUGCGACCUCAUUCCUUCCACGCCUCUUGCACGACUUCAUCCACGCUUUGUCGACGAACAAAUACCAGAUCUUCACCCAGCCUUCCUCAAGUAAGCAAUCAUUUGAUGUGUACGUUUCGGAAAAGCUUCGAUCGUCGGUUCAAUCCGGCUUCAAAUCCAUCUCGGAUAACGUCGACCGAAUCUGCGCACGUCAAGGGGUGUCACAGACAGAUCUCUGGGCAUCAAAGCUGGCAUUAUGGACAGAGAUCAGUCUAUGGGGAGGAUACUUGGAGUCCGACGAAGCAUGGGCUGUUCUUCUUCGUAACGAGGCUGCGAGAGCGGUCGCUACACUUCGAGGUGACCAAUCUGACCAAACGACCGACCCGAAAUCUCGACAGGCCAUUCUCCAGCUGCUAAACGUCUUGGAGAAUCUGGAUCACGGACAUUCAGCUAUAGACGCAGAGACUGUCGCUUGGUGUCUCGCUGCGCCAAAAUUCUGUAGUGCAGAAGCCGAGAAGCUUCUGAGCAGUCUUCUUCGAUAUCAUCAACUCACUUUCUCCCUUCCUGCGUUUUUCACUCUACUUCGAGAAGCCAUCCUCAGUCUCUUCCCGGGUUCCCUGGACGUUUCCGUCACCAGACAAAUCUACGAUCUCCUAAAGUCUGGAGCACUGCUGUCCGACUCGCUUCAGAGUCUCGUCCGAUCGUCCUUGACCGCCUUGACCGGUCCUUCUGUUCGAAAGGAGAUCUGGUCGAGCUUGAGCUACAGUACAGUGGGAACGGAGACACGUGGAAAACGGAAACAGAAGGAACGAGCCGAUCACGAGGCAGCCUUUUUGGCGCUUUCAGUUCAAUUGGCCAUCCUGGUCCUUCCCUCGGGAUGCCCGUUAGAGGAUGACGACUCGUACAAUCAAGGUGCAGCCGCGUUGUUGUCCCAGCUGGAUGAAGCCGACCCGGCAAGCAGUGACUCAAAUGAGUCCAAGAAGAGGAAGGCCCGCAAAAGCGAUACGUUGGAUUCUGCCACCCAAUGGACGGGGGAUAUCCUCCUGGCAGCAAAGUUGCGCUUGAGCCAAACCUUGGAAUUGGUUGAUCGUGCUUGGAUCGGCGAUCGACCGCUUGCUCACACUUUACUGAAGCGCCUGCAGGAUGCAUCGGCUUUGGCGGAGACCAAGACUGCCAUCCUGUCAAGUCUGUCGCAGAGUCUUCUCAUACAGACACAGGAUAGAUACGGUCUCGAGAGCUCGGACAUAACGGCCUUUAUCGACCUUUGGCUCGGCCUGCUGGAGGAAGACACCCAAGCGCAGGAAUGCGUCGCCUCAGCAGCAUGGAAUCUUUUAUGGAAAGAAGGCAUCUUCACCUUUGAGAUGUGUGCCAAUCCUGAGCAGAAGCAACAUCUUCUGGAUAUGAUCGGAUCGCAUUUGUGGUGCUGCAAACAGCGUGAAAAUUUCCCCCCUCGAACCUCUGAGAUUCUGCUCACGAGGACCCGUAUCUGGGAGCUGCCGGGAAUCAGAGGUGCACUACUCGCCAUACUCGAGCAGAGCGUGACUUCCGGUAUGUUGGAGAUGGGCACCUUGUUCAUCCUGCUUCACGUACCCCCAACCGUCAUUUCUCGGAACCUGAAAGAAGAGCUCGUCAAGCUUCAGAUGAACCGUCUUCUUUCGGAGGAAUACUACGACGAAACCUUCACAACGCUUAGCAUACAGUGGCUGGCCACUCUGGCCCUCGAUGUUUUCCAGCUACGCAUUAUCGUAAGGCAGAGACAAAGGGUAGGCUUACACCUCCAGGACACCAGGAUCAUUCCACGGCUCGUUUCUCGGGGCGGACUUCAACUUGAAUCUGCUCCUGCUCAGUUACUGACGUCCAUGCUGAAGUACGUUUGGAGCCUUGUCGCAAAUCGCCCUGACCAAAUCUGUAGGCACGCACUUCGUUCUGGAGGUAGUGACAAGGAUAUUCUUGAGACUCUCGAUCUCCUUACGACAUGUCUUUCGGACCUCAAGUCACCUUGCCAAAUUGAUGCUCCGGUCGAAACGCUCACGAUCGUUCUGCGUUGUCUGCAUUCUGCUCAAACGUCAGUCCUCCUUUCUCCCGAAGUAGAGGAGAGAAUGCGGACCCUGGUCAAGAAGGCGAAGAAACAGCUGGGCAAAAGCUUGCCUGGUCUUCUGCGAGACCUGAAGCCUUCGGAGGUCUCUAUCGGUAUCUCUGCGAUCCAGCUGUGGAAGAUUUUGCUUCAGUCGUCUCGACAUCUCCAGCUGAGAGCCCCAGGCGUCAAAUUGUCCAGAGACUUGCUCGCCUUGUACGCAAGACUGAAAUUGCCUUCCCUAGCGUCCUCGAUUAUCGAAAUUGCGCACGAUGAAGCUGGUGAUUACGAAGAAGACAUUUUAGUCUUCGUCACGCUUGUCAAUGCUAUCAGACCGUGCUCGGAAGCCAGCAACGCCUUCGCCACCAUCAUGCGAAAAGCCACGUUGGAGGACUUCACAUCUGCUCUCGAAGCGUCCCUCGCAGCGCAGUCCGCCGAUACGCCUCAUUCAGACCCAGGGACCUAUAUGACAUCCGCACAUCUAUCAACCAUACAGACUUUGGUAGGAAUCCCGCUGGAGGGAUCUGGCAAGGUCAUGCGAAAGCUGUGCAUGCCCCUGCUGGAUGAGAUUGCCCGCGUCGUCUCGACUGGGAGCGUACAGGACUGCAUCGCAGGCAUACGCUGUCUAGAUCAGCUACUGCAAGCCCGUUCUCGAAUCCUCCGAUCACUGGAUUUCGCGACGGUCUGUCACAUUCUCAUAACGACAUUACAUCCCACACCUGGUUCGGUACGAGCCACUCGCAGUCUGUAUGAGAUGUUCGAUAGCGUUUUGUCCUCGCUUGGGUCCGUCGUCAGACUUCGCCCGGAUCUUAUUACUGAGCAUGGUCCCGAGAUUGUCGGGGUUAUAUCCUCCAUGUUUGUGCUCUUCCUCGAGAUACGUCGACAGCAUGCUUCGUCGCCUCGAAUCCGAGCACGUCUGAUGUCACGGUGGCCGUCUUGGCUCGCUGAGCCAAGUUCGAUUCGCUCCGAAAUGUCUGCAAACCAUCGAUCUGGAGGCGGUCUUCAAGCAUGCCAUGCGUCUCAACUCGCUCGACUGUUGACCAUGCUAUGCAAUGCUAAAGUCGACAAUGCGGGGACGAGCCAGCUCGGCCGAACUACCAUCGCAAACUCCCUUCUCAAACAUGUGCCUACGAUCCUGGUGUCUUACUGUCGAGCGGUCGCAGACUCUUGGGGUAUGAUCCCUUUGGACGUACGAAAAGAGCUGGAGCCGGGUCUGUGGAGUCUAUGUGAUAUCUUGACAGCGGGUGGUCGGGUGGAUGCUCGGGGGAGAGAAGGAGAGCGUCUUGGAUUGCCGUACGGUCUGGGCGACACCGGCGAGGUCGAAAAGGAUGUCUGGGCGGAAAUGUGGCUUAGUUGGAGCUUUGCACUUGGUCGAGAAGAGCCAGCCGACGACAUCGUACACCCUGGCGAUUACGGCGAGACAGGCCCUCCCCCUUAUAUUUACUCGCUACAAGGGUUCUAUUCCCGCGCCGUCCAAGAUGAAUUCCGCCCUCAGUACAGGGAAAGGGUCGGUUCGAAUCGCUCUCGGGGCGCGUUUUGAAGUUGGAAUUGAAUUGAAUGCUUCUGUGAGGCGCUGGAGAGCCAUUCAGGCAGUUGAGCGAGUUCCGACCCCGUCGAGAUGAUAGAUGUGCAUUCUGCGUCGAGGCUCUCCGGGCUCAAUUUCAG